GAGAAGGUUCGUCACGCUGAGGACAAGGCUCCUCACGCUGAGGACAAGGUUCCUCACGCUGAGGACAAGGUUCCUCACGCUGUGGACAAGGUUUCCUCACGCUGAGAACAAGGUUCCUCACUCUGAGGACAAGGUACCUCACACUGAGAAGAAGGUACGUCACAGUGAGGACAAGGUUCCUCACGCUGAGGACAAGGUACCUCACGCUGAGGACAAGGUUCCUCACACUGAGGACAAGGUUCCUCACGCUGAGGACAAGUUUGCUCACGCUGAGGAGAAGGUUCGUCACGCUAAGGACAAUGUUCCUCACGCUGUGGACAAGGUUCCUCACGUUGAGGACAAGGUACCUCACACUGAGGACAAGGUUCCUCACCCUGAGGACAAGAUUCCUCACGCUGAGGACAAGGUUACUCACCCUGAGGAGAAGGUUCCUCACGCUGAGGACAAGGUUCCUCACGCUGAGGACAAGGUUCCUCACGCUGAGGAGAAGGUUCCUCACGCUAAGGACAAUGUUCCUCACCUGUGGACAAGGUUCCUCACGCUGAGGACAAGGUACCUCACACUGAGGACAAGGUCCCUCAAGCUGAGGACAAGGACAAAUUCGCUGAGGACAAAGGACACGCUGAGGACAAGUUCGCUCUUAGGAAGAAAGCAUAAGAAUGUAAAUAUUAAUGAACUGAAAGUAAAUGAUGAUAUUAUUUCUGAUGAUAAAUCUGUUACUGAAACAUUAAAUGAAUAUUUUAUAAAUAUUGGAAUGAAGAUGGCUGCUGAAUCAGCAUGUCAAAGCACCGAUGCUUCAAAUGAUCAAGUAAUUUAUGAAAGUACUGUGCUUCUUCCUAAAGAAAAUUUUCACUUCGCAGGUAUUACUAUAGAUAGUGUUUCUAAACGCCUACAAAAACUAAAGGUCUCAAAAGCGACAG